AACAGAACAGGCGGCGUAUAGCCGACAGCCGUUUUCGAUAUUGUAAUGGUGAAAGAUAUAAAUAAAAGAAAAAUAAUUAGAAAUUAGGACCUAUAAUAUAGUUUUUGAUCAUGGCUUACCACUACGUUGUUACUGCACAAAAACCAACAGCGGUCACAGCAUGUAUAACAGGAAAUUUUACAUCACCUACGGAUUUAAACCUUCUGGUAGCAAAAGUGUCUCGUCUAGAGAUGUACCUUGUGACUCCAGAAGGUCUCCGUCCUAUGAAAGAAGUGGGUUUAUAUGGCAGAGUGGCUAAAAUGAAACUUUUUAGACCUCCGUAUGAGAAGAAAGAUUUAGUAUUCAUAUUAACAGCAAGAUACAAUGCUAUGAUAUUGGAAUGGAGAACUGGAGCCAAUGGGGAAUUAGAAGUGGUAACCAGAGCCCAUGGUAACGUAGCUGAUCGGAUUGGAAAGCCAUCAGAAAACGGUAUCCUUGCAGUCAUUGACCCCCAAGCAAGAGUUAUUGGAUUGAGACUUUACGACGGUUUAUUCAAAAUAAUACCACUUGAUAAAGACUCUACUGAGCUAAAAGCUGCUAGUUUAAGAUUGGAAGAAUUGAAUGUAUUUGAUUUAGAAUUCUUACACGGCUGUUCUAAUCCAACUUUAAUUUUGAUACACCAAGAUCUCAAUGGAAGACAUAUAAAGACGCAUGAAAUUAAUUUAAGAGAUAAAGAAUUUACGAAGAUACCAUGGAAGCAAGACAAUGUCGAGACUGAAGCCUGUAUACUUAUUCCUGUACCAAGUCCACUAGGUGGUGCAAUAGUAGUUGGACAAGAAUCUAUAGUAUACCACGACGGUCAGAGUUAUGUAGCUGUAGCUCCUCCACAGAUCAAAUUAACUCCUAUAAACUGUUAUUGUCGAGUUGAUGAAAAAGGUAUGAGAUACCUACUGGGGGACAUAGCUGGCCGGCUGUUCAUGUUAUUAUUGGAGCUUCAAGAGAAGAUGGAUGGAACACAGUCUGUUAAGGAUUUGAAGGUCGAAUUACUUGGCGACAUCCCCAUUCCAGAAUGUAUGACAUACCUAGACAACGGUGUGGUAUUCGUGGGUUCUCGGCUGGGAGACUCUGCUCUAGUUCGGCUGGCUGCUGGAAGAGACGACUCCCACGCGCACUACGUUCAACCUAUGGAGAGCUUCACGAGCCUUGCGCCCAUCGUAGACAUGUGUGUUGUGGACCUUGAGCGGCAAGGGCAGAACCAGCUCAUUACUUGCUCCGGUGCCUUCAAAAUGGGUUCGCUGCGUAUAAUCCGCAACGGUAUCGGCAUCCAAGAGCAGGCAUCCAUUGACCUACCGGGCAUCAAGGGCAUGUGGGCCCUCACACUAGCUCAAGGCGGACAAUUUCACGACACUCUAGUACUGUCUUUUGUGGGGCAGACCAGGGUUUUAGCUUUAAGCGGAGAAGAAGUGGAAGAAACAGAAAUAAAAGGCUUCGUCUCGGAUCGACAGACAUUCUUCACUGGGAAUGUGUGUCACGAUCAGCUAAUACAAGUGACGGACGAGGGCAUCCGACUGAUCGCGCGCGAAGAGCCGGGCGCGGGCGCGGGCUGGCGGCUGGGCGCGCGCUGGGCGGCGGGCGAGCGCGCGCUGUCCGUGGUGGCGUGCGCGGGCGAGCGCGUCGUGGCCGCCGCCGGCCCGCGCAUCUACCUCGUGGCCGUGGGGCACGCCGAGCUCACUCUACUGGCAUCGGUGACGAUGGAGGAAGAGGUGGCGUGCCUAGAACUAGGACCGGGUGGAGACUCCCUGCUAGCGGUGGGGCUGUGGACCGACAUCUCCGUACGUCUGCUGCGUUUGCCCGAACUUACACCGCUACACACUGAGCGACUCUCGGGAGAAAUCAUCCCCCGUUCGCUACUCAUCUGCGUGUUGGAGGGUGUCUGCUACUUGCUGUGCGCGUUGGGCGAUGGGUCUAUGUUCUACUUUACCGUGGACCAGGAGACUGGUGUCCUUAGUAACAAGAAAAAAGUGACUCUUGGGACACAGCCCACGGUUUUGCGAAGCUUUAGGUCAUUAUCAACAACAAACAUAUUUGCCUGUUCAGACCGACCCACAGUUAUUUUCUCUUCCAACCACAAACUCGUGUUCUCCAAUGUCAACUUGAAGGAGGUCACUCACAUGUGCUCGCUCAAUGCACAGGCUUAUCCUGACAGUUUAGCACUGGCCACCGACAGCACAGUCACAAUAGGAACAAUAGACGAAAUACAGAAGUUACACAUACGGACUGUGCCACUCGGGGAGACACCGCGUAGAAUCGCGUAUCAAGAAGCCUCACAGACGUUCGGCGUGAUCACGAUGCGCGUGGACAAGCUGGAGUGGCUGGCGGGCGGCGCGGCGCCCGUGGCCGCGCGCGCCAGCGCCUCCACCGCCGCCGCCAGCAGCAGCGGCGCCGCGCCCGCCGCGCCCGCCGCCGGCAAGCACGCGCCCGUCGCGCUCGACGUCGAGCUGCACAACCUGCUCGUCGUCGACCAGCACACCUUCGAGGUACUUCACGCGCACCAACUGCUAUCAACGGAGUUCGCGAUGUCGCUAGUGUCGUGCCGACUCGCUGAUGACCCCAACCACUACUACGCUGUUGGUACCGCUAUUCUCAACCCCGAGGAAUCUGAGCCGAAGCAGGGUAGAAUCCUGCUGUUCCAUUGGUGCGAGGGGAAACUCACGCAGGUCGCGGAGAAGGAAAUAAAGGGCGGCUGCUACACACUCGUCGAGUUCAAUGGAAAACUAUUGGCUUCUAUUAAUAGUACUGUACGACUAUUUGAGUGGACGUCAGAGAAAGAACUGCGUCUGGAAUGCAGUCACUUCAACAAUAUUGUCGCUCUGUAUCUAAAAGUAAAAGGAGAUUUCAUCCUCGUUGGCGAUCUCAUGAGAUCCAUGUCUCUAUUGCAGUACAAACAGAUGGAGGGUAGUUUCGAAGAAAUAGCUCGGGACUAUAGCCCCAACUGGAUGACGGCGGUGGAAAUACUCGACGACGACACAUUCCUAGGAGCAGAAAACAGUUUUAACUUAUUUGUUUGUCAGAAGGAUAGCGCGGCGACGACGGACGAGGAGCGCCAGCAGAUGGGCUACACGGGGCAGUUCCACCUCGGGGACAUGGUCAACGUCAUGCGGCGCGGCGCGCUCGUGGCGCAGCUGGCGGACAGCGCGGCGCCCGUGGCGCGGCCCGUGCUGCUGGCCACCGUCAGCGGCGCCAUCGGUCUAGUCGUCCAGUUACCUCAAGAACUAUUUGAAUUCCUUCAUCAACUAGAAGAAAGGCUGACUCACACGAUUAAGUCGGUGGGCAAGAUACCGCACUCGUUCUGGCGGUCGUUUAAUACGGACAUUAAAACCGAGCCGGCGGAGGGUUUCAUUGACGGUGACUUAAUAGAGAGCUUCCUCGAUCUCUCGAGGGAUAUGCAGCAAGAAACGGUACAGGGCUUACAGAUUGACGACGGUGGCGGUAUGAUGCGGGACGCGACAGUCGACGACCUUAUAAAGAUCGUGGAGGACCUCACAAGGAUACACUAGCAGUUUGAGUUUAUAUUUAAGAUAAAUAAAUACGUUACGUCAGUC